UCCUGGAAACGAUUACAUUGCCUUUGGACGAUAUAUUGUUGCAAUCCUUUCGUGGGAUUUCUCCCUUCGCUCUCUCUGCUGGCAAGGACACUCGCGUUAAGGAAAAACUUCGCCGUCUGGAAUUGUCAUCGGGAUUCUAUUGUAGCUCUGUCCAAGGUUCUGAAAUGCAGUCUGCCUGUUCGGAGACGGAUACUACGGGCUCCGCUGCUGAGAAGUUACAUUGCAGUUUCUAGCGCAAUGGCACGUGAAGAUCUUCACUUCUGAUGUCGAGGGGCUUUGCAUUGCUUUCAGGAUGUGUGGCAAGGUUUGACGGAAUGGGCCGUUUUCUGGUGUACAUAAAAUCAACGGUGCUACUGUUUUUCAGCUAUUUUAACAUCUGCCUUAUCACAGCAGACCUAUUAGCAGCUCCUGUCAAUGUCACAGUGCGACAUCUGCAGGCCAACUCGGCAGUGGUAUCAUGGGAGGUUCCUGAUGGAGAUGCUGUCAUUGGCUAUGCUAUAUCACAACAGAGAAAGGAUGUGCGAAUGCUGCGUCUUAUCCAGGAAGUGAAUACCACAACGCGUUCCUGCAUACUGUGGGAUCUAGAGGAGGACACUGAGUACACCGUCCAUGUUCAGUCCAUCAGUCUGACAGGCAUUAGCCCAGCCAGUGAGCCUAUCUCCUUCAGGACCCCAAAGGAAGCUGAGAAAUUGGCCUUAAAAGAUGAGGUGACAACAAAGAUGCUGCAGCGGCGAUAUACACAAUUAAGAACAGGCGAGAUGAUCAUCAUUGUGGUUGUUCUAGUCAUGUGGGCAGGUGUGAUAGCUUUGUUUUGCAGGCAAUAUGAUAUCAUAAAAGACAAUGAACCUAACAAUAAUAAGGACAAAGCCAAGAGCUCCUCAGAAUACAGCACCCCAGAGCACCCAACAGGAGGGCUGUUACGCAGCAAGAUGCUGCCUGACCUGCUGAGUAUUCCACCACUUUAUGUUUCUAUACUAUUGGAUCCAACUCCCCGUACUAGAGGCAGAAUGACAGAUCUAUAAUAAAUCCUGUAAAUUUUCCGAAGAACAAGCCUUCUGUAAAUAUCAUUGAAGCCUGACUGCUAUGCGGCCAAGAGGA